AUGAGUGUCCCUAACCACAGUCACGGCAGCCAGGCCGGCUACUGGGGUCCUCCUACCUCCUCAAUUGACUGGUGCGAAGACAACUAUGUCUGGUCAUACUACAUUGCAGAGUUCUUCAACUCGUUCUCCUCCUUUGCAAUGAUCAUCCUCGGAGAAACAGCCUGCUACUCUGUCAACCGUCUCCAGUCCGAGAUGCAACGCAUCGCUGCUGCUUCUUCAAACUCAAUUUCAACCAGUGACACCACCAACACAUCAGGAACGGCAAUCGCAAAAGCACCAAGUCUCUUCAGGUUCAAGCUCGCAUUCCGAACAAUCACCGUCGUCGGCAUCGGCUCAUUCCUCUUCCACGCUACCCUCCUCCACCACAUGCAGAUGCUCGACGAAUUGCCCAUGCUCUACUCCGUCCUCGUCCUCUUCUUUUGUCUAAUCGAAUCCAGGUUUGGUCCCCAACCUGCAUGGUUCCCUAAACUGCUGGGUGUCGUGGGGGUGGUUGUGACAGGAUUGGUGGCCUUCACAGAGGGGUCGGUCCAGUUUUACAGUUUCCAUGGGACUUUUGGACCCUUGGAGUUUACGACCCUGUUCUUGAUCUUCAAGGUCUACAUUGCACGCAAGGCAGCAUAUCCGGAUAUCAAAUGGGUGUUCGAGGCUGGGAUCGGGCUGUAUGUGGUCGCGGUGGCGGUCUGGAUGACGGAUUUGAACUUUUGUGAGAGGACGCUGCUUUCGUUCUUUUCGUUCGGUACCGACCAUGUUCAGGACGAUCACUCGGAGAAGGAAAAGGAGUCGCUAGUGUGGAUUGUGAAGGAUUUGUAUUUCCAUGCGUGGUGGCAUAUUCUUGUCAGCGUGGGACUCUUUCUUCUCUCGACCGUAAUUAUGCUGGAUGCUCUGAUCGUCCAAGGGUGGAAGCCGGUGAUUGAGGUGAGGGGGUGGGGAUGGCUGCCGACUGUCAGUGUCCUAGAGAAGACCGAUCGUGAGUCCGGCGACAUACCUCCUUCAGCAACCACCACUCCAGCUCCAACAACAAACUCAAAGAACGAAAAAGACGUCGAAUCGCAACUACCACCACCCAAAUAUGAAUCCCACAACCAGCAACAACAGCAUGAGGAUAAAUACCCUCCAUCCUCCCCAUCUUCUCCUGCCGCCACCGCGCCAUCAGCACCACAGUACCCGGCAGCGUUACGGAAACCUUGGGUCAUCCUCAGCUUACCCAUCGCGAUCGCAGUUCUGAUCUCGACCAGAGUCUUUGUCUGCAUGUCUUCUUCCUCUUCGUCGUCGGCGUAUGUCGCGUCGGUGUAUCCUGCCGCGAUCGGACAGCAGGGACAGCAACAGGACCAGCCGUGUGCUACAUGGGAGAGCAGCUUCCCGCUUGGUGGAGAUGGCGGCGUCUUAUCGUCCUCAUCUUGGCCUCGGAAUCCUCUGUCGCCUGUCGUUGUUCUUGACGUUGCCCCCAUUCCGAAUUCGAUUAUCUCGGACACCAGCAGUAGCAGCGACAGGGAUACAACUUUUCAUUCGCCUGCGGCUGUGGAAGCGGUGGUAGCACAAAUAGAGGAGGCAGUUGGGAUGAAUGAGAAUGGAAGAGACGAGAGGACGUCCGAGAGUGAGAUGGGACUGGGCGGAAUUGAAAUUAUUUCGGUGGUGGACCCUGUAGUAACGUCGGCGGUUGAGGUUGUGGUGGUGGUUGAGGUUGAUGCUGAGCUGGCGAGAGAGGGCUUGCGAGAGGGCGACUGCGAGGAUGGCAAUGAUGAUGAGGAUGAGGAUGACGACGAAGAAGAAUGGGAGGACGAGGAGGAGGAAGAAGACGACGAAGACAAGAGAGUCGAAGGUCAGGACGAUGCCACCGCCGCCAUGGUCAUACUGGAACAAGUCGCUGUGCUGGAAGCCCUGAUCGACCUAACAAUCCCCGUCACAGAUACUAUCAGCGACAACGAUGAGAUGAACUUGGAUCUGAGCGAAGAUGGGGUUGGUAUGGGUGAUGGUGACUCUGUCGUCUUGCUGUCACUCCGCAGGUACGAUGACGGUGAUGGAGGUGACGAAGAAGAGGAAGAGGAUGAGGACGAACAGGAUCACUUCCCGACCAAUAUCGGAAAAGACGACGAUGGCAAGGGUGACCAGCGGGGCGAAAAACCGCCCCGGAAGGGUGGAAAAGACACCACCAACAACGGCAACACCAGAAACAACAACAAGAACCAGAGCGGCGGGAAAAACGGCGGCCGCAAGGUGACCAACAAACAUAAACUCAAGCACCAACACCAAAACGCCAACCUGGGAGGCACCGGCGGCAACGGACCCAUUCUGCUCUGUUCGUCGAAAUCCUGUCUCCCCAGUCUUCGAGACUCGAUCCUGUCAAAGCUGUCGAUCCAGAUCCGACAGGUCAUGGAUCAUCUCCGGAGUCGACACACGCUUGUCCACAUGAUGAGCUCGACUGCUCCUCAAACAAAGGAGUCUUUGAUGGCUGGACAGGAGGAGCUGGUUGGGCAGUUGGAGGACCGGAUAAUAAAGGAUCUGCGCGAUUGGGUCGACGGUGUUGGUCGCAAGUCGUCCAGGUCUGGUGGUGGUAAGAAAGCUGGUGGUGGUAAGAAAGCCGCUGGUGGUAAGAAAGCUGUUGGUGCCGGUGCUAGUGCUGGUGGUACUGUUGAUAGUGCUACAAAGUCUGGACCUUCGGCAGUGGAGAGUACUCAGUCGGUCGACGAGGAAGGGGUGGUUGAGACGGAGGGGAUGGUUGAGACGGAGGGGUUGUUCUUGGAUGGGGAUGAGUUUGAAGAAGAGGAGGAUGAUGGCUCGGACGAGGGGUUCCAUAUGGCCAGUCUCAGCUUCGAAGACGCCGACGAUGACGAUGAGGAUCACGAGGACGACUCUCUCGUGCACAAAUCCACUCACGCGUCUGCUGCUAUUACGAACAAGAACAAGCACAAGAAGAAGAAUGGUGCCAGGCUCCUCCGACGCGACACCUCCUCCUCCUCGCCCUCACCCCCCUCAUCCGGUACGGCCACUUCCACAGCCCCUCGCGAAUACUUCCUCUCAGCCGACAAACUCCUUAUGCGGCAAGAAUGGUCUCGCUGGAUCGCCCAUUGGGUACACCACACAAAGCUCCUCAUCCUUUCCCACACCCUGGCCGCCAAAAGUCUCACCGAGAUGAACCGGAUCGCCGUUUUGGGCGAGAAUGUCGUCCCGCUCGACCAGCGACAUUGGUCCUGGAAUCUGGAUAAAGCCCUGGCGACGGUCAUGGUCGCCUCGGAGAUGAUAUGUGGAGGGCCUGCGAGUGCAAACGAUGUCAAGGUCUUUCUGUCGACGUUGUCUAUGUCUUCAGAGUCUGCUGUGACGGCGACGGGUAGUGGGGGGGAUGGUGGGUCGUUGGAGGGAAUGAUGAGUCCCAAUGCGUUGGCGAUCACGUUGAAUGCUCAAAAGUGUAUCGAGUCUUGGAGUGAUGAGUUGGAGGAGAUCUUGCAGCGCACAGCCACCACCAACGCGUAA